AUGGCAAUUGCGUUACAGUGGGGCUCCGGCUACGUGGUUCCUUGCCAAGUGGGGGAGAUCCUUGGGAAGAGUAGGUCGUCGGACCCACAGGUCCAGGCUUUCAAUAUAGGGAGGGGGGCCACCUUAAUACGAUACACCUCCCUUGUCAAUGUCUUACGAAAACCCUUCUAUAGAGUUAUAGUUGUGACCGAUUCAGCACGCCCACCCGCGCAGCCCCCAGCUAAGCUAGCUCCUGUGGCGGAAACCUUCAUCUCCAUUCUCCACGCAUUGGCACAAAAGCCGGGAUAUAGGAGUAGAUAUGCAUUUACGAAGGCCCCAUGUCUAACCAUCAGGAAAUGCGGGGGAAAAGAAGGAAUGGGGAAGUGGACCGAUGUCAACCAAGGUUUGGAGGAUGAAUUUGGGAAAACUUUUGGCUGCUACAGGCUAGGCGCAUAUCUUAAUAUCAAAGCCAACACCAUGACUGGAUGCAACAUUUACCUUGAAUCGAAGAUCAAGCAUGAGAAGGUUGACUUAGAGCUGAAUGCGGUUCGUAAUGCGGUUCGUGGUGUUGGGCAUGAAAUAAGGAUGUGUAAUUCCUGGCAUGAGCAAGCUUGCCCCAUGGGAGAGUUCACAGCCUUCGACGCUUUUUCACUCGAGCUACCCGUGCUGGUAAUUAUUAAAUGGCAGGAUGGUGGGCGACUGGAACCGAGCCCAGGGGUGGAAGUUGCACCGCGGAUUCGGUGGAAGAGGAAGAGGCGGUGUGCAAUUAACGAGGGCAAUGUCACUACCUCCAAGCUUAACCUCGCGCGAUGCAAGACACUGCAGACUGCAAUUUUCACUGCUUUACUCAAAUCGGCACCUCGGAGCAUUUUUGGAGCCAGUGCACCUCUCGCUGUACCCACCUCAUACAUCUUCUAUUUGUCUUUCUUCAAGUGCAAAUACAAUACCAAUGCUGCUAAAAGCGACACGACUGACAGUACAAGACUGAACAUAUACGCCAUGAUGUAUCUUGGACCAUCUGGGAGCAAAGGCGGGAUUCUAUUGGGAGCGAGCGGCUAUGUUGGCCACUCAGGCACUCGAAACCUGGAAACAUCCAUAUGCCCCUGGAAGCAUGAGGAAGAUCGCGAAUGCAUUGCGAAGAAGCGGAGGCUGAAGGAGAUGACUAAAGCGAAUAAGAGGAUUACAGCCCAAGCUGUAGCAGCAGCUCGGGAUCAACUUCGGUGCCUUGCUACUUGUCUACCAGAAGCACCGGUUCGACCUUCUAUCGAGGAUUACCCUAGUUUAGGGAACUUCCCGAUUGGGAACAAUCAGCCUGAGGUUCGCUGGUCAAAUAAUUUCGGAAUCAACCCGUUUUCGGCGGCUCCACCUGCUAGCGACAAGUGGCUCAAGGAGCUACCGUUAAUUUCACCCAAAAGAUUCAGGAAAACCCGAGGGUUUAGGCGCACUCAAUGGACGACACUGACUAAAAUCAUAUACGCCUGA